AUGUCAUCCAUAAACCGCAUCAGCCAAACCAACCCCGCGCUCGCCGCCAAAAUCACACAAAUGGCCCUCCCCCUCGCGCCUCUCGUGCGUCUCACAUCCGGCCAAGUGCACCCCUCGUUCCCCAAGCAACUUCUCAAUUUCUGGCUUUUGACGUCUGCGGAACUAGACGAGUUGGCGCAUUUUUACCAUCAGCGCACACCGUGUGAAUGGACGUUGCAUUAUCCGUGCCCAGUGCAAUGGGAUGUGAACGCGGAUUUGGAGGUUAAGAGAAGGAGGCUGGGGAGAUUUAUUGGCUUGAGAGGGUGUGAAAGCCCGGAGAUGGUAGAGACUAUCGAGGAGAUUGAGAGGAGGGUUAGGAGGGAGAGAGUGAGGAGGGAGGAAGAUGAUAUGUGGAGGAAGAAGAGUAGAUGGUAUUAG